AUGAUACUCAUUACGACCGCCGCAGGCUUCUAUCUCGGCGCGCAACAGACCGUUGAUUGGCUCCGAUGCCUACAUACAGUCUUUGGCGCAGGAUUGACCGCCGCAGGUGUCUUGGGGCUCAACCAAUAUCUUGAGCGCGAUGUAGACGCACAGAUGAAACGGACGCAGGAAAGGCCGCUCCCUGGGGGUAGAAUGAACCCACUGACUGCACUGCUUGUCGGUGCUGUUCUCACAGGCAGCGGGAUGCUGUACCUGACGUUCAUCGUCAACAUGCUGAGUGGUUUUGUCAUUUCGCUGAUAGUCGUGAGUUAUCUCUUUCUCUAUACACCGCUCAAGCGGAAAACCUCACUAUGUACGUUUAUCGGUGCGGUGCCCGGCGCGCUCCCGCCUGUCGUCGGGUGGGUUGCAGCACGGGGCGCGCUAACAGGCGAGGCGUGGGUGCUAUUUACGAUACUCUUUUUAUGGCAGAUCCCACACUCUCUUGCAAUAGCCUACAUCUAUCGUGAAGACUACGCAAAUGCAGGGUUUCGUUUGUUGCCGGUCAUUCACCCGGAUGGGACGAGUACGUGCCGUCAAAUUGUGGUUAAUUGCGUCGCGCUCCUCGGAAUAGGCUUGUUACCAACGUUGUACAACAUUGCCGGUAGCGUCUAUUUCUUCACAGCACUGCUGGCGGGAGUGGCGUUUCUGGCAGUUGGGAUCUAUUUAGCACGCACACGUUCGGUGAAAGCCGCACGCUAUCUGUUAUACGCAUCGUUGCUCUAUCUACCGUUGGUAUUUGUCACGAUGGCGUUGAACAAAAUUUAG